AAGGAAGGGGUGGGAAGCUGAGGAGCGGACUACCUUGCUGUUAUUAUUAUUAUUUUUAUUAUUAUUUUUAUUGCUAUUAUUUACGCCGCGCAAGGAGGACGCUCGGAAUUCACCGGCCUGCCGGCUCCCGAGAAGGGACCGGGGAUUGCGGCGGUCGCUUUUCUUUCUCGAUUAUUUUUUUGUUUGUUUGUUUGUUUUGAUUUGGCUUUUUGUUCUCCCUCCCGUUAUUUCCCCUUUCCCGCUGAGCGGCGGCAGCAAUAUGGCUGGUGAUGGGCUUUUUGGGGGGCGCUGGCGGCGGGAGGAGCUCUCGGCAGCCCCUGCGCGCCCGGCUCGCUGUUAGCUAUGGCAAAUGGCAGCGGCGGCGGCUCCUACCCGGGCGGCAGCGGCGGCGGCAUUAGAAUGAGUAACAAUAUCAACGCCAACAAUCUCAACACAGACUCGUCCUCCUCCCCCGUCAAUGUGCCCAAGAUGGAUGCGCUCAUCAUCCCGGUGACCAUGGAGGUGCCCUGCGAUAGCCGCGGACAGCGCAUGUGGUGGGCUUUCCUCGCCUCAUCCAUGGUCACUUUCUUUGGGGGACUGUUUAUCAUCCUGCUGUGGAGGACCCUCAAGUACCUGUGGACUGUCUGCUGCCACUGCGGGGUCAAAAACAAGGAGGCCCAGAAGAUCAAUGGUGGUGGAGAUACGCAGGCAGAUGGGGCCUGCAAACCAACAGAUGAAAAAGAGGAGAAUGUGGCAGCAGAAGUGGGAUGGAUGACCUCUGUGAAAGACUGGGCAGGAGUCAUGAUAUCUGCCCAGACACUAACUGGCAGAGUACUUGUUGUCUUAGUCUUCGCUCUUAGUAUUGGUGCUCUUGUAAUAUACUUCAUAGAUUCAUCAAACCCAAUAGAAUCCUGCCAGAAUUUCUACAAAGAUUUCACAUUACAGAUUGACAUGGCUUUCAAUGUGUUCUUCCUACUCUACUUCGGCUUGCGUUUCAUAGCAGCCAAUGACAAGCUAUGGUUUUGGCUGGAAGUUAACUCAGUAGUAGAUUUCUUCACGGUCCCUCCAGUGUUUGUUUCAGUAUAUUUAAACAGAAGUUGGCUUGGUUUAAGAUUUUUAAGAGCCCUUAGACUGAUACAGUUUUCAGAAAUAUUGCAGUUUCUGAAUAUCCUUAAAACAAGUAAUUCCAUCAAGCUAGUGAAUCUGUGCUCUAUAUUUAUCAGCACAUGGCUGACAGCAGCUGGGUUCAUACAUUUGGUGGAGAACUCAGGGGAUCCUUGGGAAAAUUUCCAAAAUAAUCAACAGUUAACGUAUUGGGAAUGUGUUUAUUUACUGAUGGUUACAAUGUCCACUGUUGGUUAUGGAGAUGUUUAUGCAAAAACAACCCUUGGUCGCCUUUUCAUGGUCUUCUUCAUCCUUGGGGGAUUGGCCAUGUUUGCCAGCUACGUCCCUGAAAUCAUAGAGUUAAUAGGAAACCGCAAGAAAUAUGGUGGUUCCUAUAGUGCGGUUAGUGGAAGAAAGCACAUAGUUGUCUGUGGUCAUAUAACACUUGAAAGCGUGUCCAACUUCCUGAAGGACUUCCUGCACAAGGAUAGGGAUGAUGUCAACGUAGAAAUCGUCUUUCUGCAUAAUAUCUCCCCUAACCUUGAGCUGGAAGCUCUUUUUAAACGACACUUCACUCAGGUGGAAUUUUAUCAGGGUUCAGUCCUUAAUCCCCAUGAUCUGGCAAGAGUAAAGAUAGAGUCAGCAGAUGCGUGCCUAAUUCUUGCCAAUAAAUACUGCGCUGACCCAGAUGCUGAGGAUGCCUCCAAUAUUAUGAGAGUUAUUUCAAUAAAGAAUUAUCAUCCGAAGAUAAGAAUUAUCACUCAGAUGUUGCAGUAUCACAAUAAGGCUCAUCUGUUAAAUAUUCCAAGCUGGAACUGGAAAGAAGGGGAUGAUGCAAUCUGUCUCGCUGAGCUCAAGCUGGGUUUCAUAGCUCAGAGUUGCCUGGCACCAGGCCUUUCAACAAUGUUAGCCAACCUCUUUUCCAUGAGAUCAUUCAUAAAGAUUGAGGAGGAUACGUGGCAGAAAUACUAUCUGGAAGGAGUUGCAAAUGAAAUGUAUACAGAAUAUCUGUCUAGUGCCUUUGUGGGUUUGUCCUUCCCUGCAGUUUGUGAACUGGUGUUUGCGAAACUAAAGCUCUUAAUGAUAGCCAUAGAAUACAAGUCGGAAAAAAGAGAAAGCAGUAUAUUAAUCAAUCCCGGAAACCAUGUCAAGAUUCAAGAAGGUACCUUAGGAUUCUUCAUUGCAAGUGAUGCCAAAGAAGUAAAAAGGGCAUUUUUUUACUGCAAGGCCUGCCAUGAUGACAUCACAGAUCCCAAAAGGAUAAAAAAGUGUGGCUGCAAACGGCAAGUAAAGAAUGCAGCUAGAUCAAGUUACCCAAAAAGCUCAUAUCAAUUCAAGAAUACAACUACUAUUGCACUGGUUGGUGCCAAGUCCGCUGAAGGAGCCCCGGAACCUGUUCCACUUGUUAAUAACCGUAAAGGGAGCCUCUUCCUACCCAACAAUCCCUCGCUGCUGCAACUUAACUUAUUGAAUUCUGUUGAACAAGGAAAAUCUACCUAUUGUAGAUUGCAAAGGGCACUCAGCUUGCCUGUAAAAUAUCGCUACCACUCUCAAAAGCCUGGGUUGAACCAAGAUCUCCUUGAAGAUGAGCAGCCGUCAACACUAUCACCCAAAAAAAAGCAACGAAAUGGAGGCAUGCGAAAUUCACCCAACUCCUCACCCAAACUGAUGAGGCAUGACCCCUUGUUAAUUCCUGGCAAUGAACAGAUUGACAAUAUGGAUGCCAAUGUGAAAAAAUAUGACUCUACAGGAAUGUUUCAUUGGUGUCCAGCCAAGGAUAUUGAAAAAGUCAUUUUGACUCGAAGUGAAGCAGCGAUGACAGUUUUAAGUGGGCAUGUAGUCGUUUGCAUAUUUGGGGAUGUUAAAUCUGCUUUGAUUGGAUUAAGAAAUUUAGUGAUGCCAUUACGAGCCAGCAACUUUCACUACCAUGAACUCAAGCACAUUGUGUUUGUGGGUUCACUUGAAUACCUGAGAAGGGAAUGGGAGACACUGCAUAACUUCCCCAAGGUUUCAAUCUUGCCUGGUACACCAUUAAGUCGGGCUGAUUUAAGGGCUGUCAACAUCAACCUCUGCGACAUGUGCGUUAUCCUGUCAGCCAAUCAGAAUAAUAUUGAUGAUGCUUCGCUGCAGGACAAGGAAUGCAUCUUGGCGUCACUCAACAUCAAAUCUAUGCAGUUUGAUGACAGCAUUGGGGUCUUGCAGGCUAAUUCCCAAGGCUUUACACCCCCUGGUAUGGAUAGGUCAUCUCCAGACAACAGUCCUGUCCAUGGCCUGUUACGUCAACCCUCCAUUACAACAGGAGCCAACAUCCCUAUUAUAACAGAGCUCGUAAAUGAUUCAAAUGUUCAGUUCUUGGACCAAGAUGAUGAUGAUGACCCAGACACAGAACUGUACCUCACACAGCCCUUUGCAUGUGGAACCGCAUUUGCUGUCAGCGUGCUGGACUCUCUCAUGAGCGCAACAUACUUCAAUGACAAUAUCCUCACACUGAUACGGACAUUGGUAACAGGAGGAGCCACACCAGAGCUGGAAGCACUGAUUGCUGAGGAAAAUGCUUUGAGAGGAGGUUACAGCACGCCCCAGACACUUGCAAACAGGGACAGGUGUCGAGUUGCUCAGCUGGCUUUGUACGAUGGGCCAUUUGCAGACUUAGGGGAUGGAGGCUGUUAUGGAGAUCUAUUUUGUAAAGCACUGAAAACAUAUAAUAUGCUUUGCUUUGGAAUUUAUCGAUUAAGGGAUGCUCAUCUAAGUACUCCCAGCCAAUGCACUAAACGUUAUGUUAUCACAAACCCACCAUAUGAGUUUGAGCUUGUGCCGACAGACUUGAUCUUCUGUUUGAUGCAGUUCGACCACAACGCUGGCCAGUCCCGGGCCAGUCUUUCUCAUUCCUCCCAUUCCUCCUACUCUUCCAGCAAGAAGAGCUCAUCAGUUCACUCCAUCCCAUCAACAGCAAACCGACCGAACCGCACCAAGACCAGGGAUUCCCGGGAAAAACAGAAGUAUGUGCAGGAAGAUAGACUUUGAUAUGUGUAUCUGCUCCCACUGUGUGUGAAACUUGCAUUCACCACCCAUUCUCCCCAAUUAAUGUUUCCAACAGUAAUGUUCCCUGUUUUCCCAUGGAGCUCUCCCUUUUUGUACACAUAUUUUGCAUAUGUAUGACAGUGUGCAUGUGGUUGUCAUUUUUAUUUCACCACCAUAAAACCCUUAAGCACAACAGCAACAAAGCAGACGGACCAAAAGUUAUUUAUAAUACCAGGGGAGAAAAAAAUCCAAAACCAAAUAGGCACACUGAAAACAUAAAUAACUCACUGCAGUUACCUAGAUAUCAGAAAAUAGAUUAUAUUUAACAUGAACACUUGUUUUUGAUGUUAGAUUUACACAAAGAAAGUCAUUUAGUGCAGAAGUGUUGAUGUAUUUUGCAGUAGGUUUUUAUAACUGUAUUUAGAGGAGUUGCUACAUUUAUAUGAAGCUUAUGAAAUUAACCUAUUGCCACAAAAAAAAAAAAAA